AUGGCGGACCCGGACUUUCCAUUCUAUAGACCCGGGAGGUCCGAAUAUGAUGAUAGUGCGAGCAGACCGUCGUCAGACGUGAAACGGAACAGGAAAGUCGACGAUGAGAAGUUUGCAUUGGGGAGAAGGGGAAUUCUGGUAUUCUUUACAUUAUCUAUCCUCACCUUGAUGGCUGCGUUAGAUGGGACGUCGCUGUCCGUUGCCUUGCCUGAAAUUGCACAAGCCCUAAAAGGAACGGCCAUUGAAGCAUUUUGGAGUGGAACUUCGUUCUUACUAUGUUCAACAGUAUUCCAACCAAGCUUUGCAUCCUUUUCGAAUGUAUUUGGUCGUCGACCUAUGAUUAUGGUGGCCCUUCUGUUCUUCUGUGUUGGCGCCGUCAUCUGCGCAAUUGCGAAUGACUUUACCUACAUGUUGGUCGGCCGAUCAAUUCAAGGUGUUGGUGGAGGAGGUCUCAUUUCGCUCAGCGAAGUCAUUAUCACCGAUCUCGUUCCCCUAAGAUGGCGAGGUCAAUACUUCGGCUUCCUUAGUGCAAUGUGGAGUAUUGGAUCAGUUACAGGCCCUAUCCUCGGAGGUGGAUUCUCCGAAAAUGUGUCCUGGAGGUGGAUUUUCUAUAUCAACUUCCCAUUCAUAGGAGUCGGCGGCAUCCUCGUCAUCCUAUUCUUGAACCUCAAGCUCGUUCAUAGCUCGUUUGCCGAGAAGAUCCGUCGAAUUGAUUAUUUCGGAACUGUCCUCUUCGUCGGAAGCAUGUCUUCUUUCUUGAUUCCUCUCAGUUGGGGUGGUGUGUCAUACGCCUGGAACUCGUGGCGCACACUUGUUCCGCUCUGCGUUGGAUCCGGUGGUCUCAUCAUUUUCGCGUUCUAUGAGUACUAUAUUGCAUCUGAUCCGAUUAUCCCGCCAAAGGUGUUCCAGAACCGCACGGCGAUUGCUUCUUUCAUUGGAAGUGUUCUGCAAGGUCUGAUCCUCUGGUGCGCCCUGUAUUAUCUACCUCUAUACUACGAGGCAGUGAAGGAGUACAGUCCCAUCCUCUCGGGUGUCGCUCUCUUCCCUGAGACGUUCACAGUGGCACCGAGUGGGAUGGUGGCAGGCAUCCUGAUCACAGUGACAGGCCGAUAUAGAUGGGCUAUUUGGCUUGGAUGGACUAUUUCGACAGUCGGACUGGGGUUGAUGAUUCUGAUCAAAGUGCAUACCAGCGUCGUUGGAUGGAUCUUCCUCAACGUCGUCCCCGGCCUUGGCCUGGGCAUUCUAUUCCCUUCUAUCGGCUAUGCAGUGCAGGCCUCGGCGGAACCCGAGAAUCUCGCUAUCGCAGUCGCGAUGUUCAGUUUCUUCCGUGCUCUCGGCCAAGCCAUCGGUGUUGCGGUCGGUGGUGUUGUCUUCCAGAACCGCAUGUUUACCAACCUCAUGAAGUAUCCUGCGCUGGCUCCUAUGGCCGACGCGUACAGCAAGGAUGCCGCGGGCUUGGUUCAAAUCAUCAAGGCUAUGGCGGAUGGUGCUGAAAAGGCGAAUCUGAAGGAAGCAUACACAGACAGUCUACGCACAGUGUGGAUAGUCUGCUGUGGAGUCUCGGGUGUGGCACUGGUGAUUAGCUUAUUCACUCAACAUUAUGAUCUUGACCGUGCGAUGGAGACAGAGCAGGGCCUGCGGGAUGAUGACGAGACGCUUCGAAGCGAGAAGGAUCUGGAGAUGCAUUCGGACCGGAGAAGGGUCACGGAAUCCCAGCCCUGGGCGUGGUAG